AUGUCGUAUCCUACCAGGUCAUUUUCAUCGCAUGUGCGCGCAUCAAGUUCAACCGCUUCAGCUCCACAGUCACCGGCAUUGUUGGCUCGAAUCGAAGAGAAAAAAGCAGAGCUUGAGAAUCUUAAGGAGCUGAGAGACUUGAGCGCGACAGUGGCAACUCAGAUGGAGGCCUUGGAGCAGAAGCUCACCACCUUGUCAGAUGGAACUGAGGUGAUUGCUGCUGUAGUUGGUAACUGGCAUAAUGUGCUUCGUGCCAUCAGCAUGGCUUCAUCAAAACUGGCAAAAACAGCAGCUGGGCCUGCCACAGAAGAGGCAUCAACAUCCGCGGUGCAACUGCCACAAACUCUAGUACGAAUUCCCACGGAGCAUGCACCGACAUUACAGGCGCAAGCCGAAGCAGUAGAAGCGGCAGCCGACGAGUCCAUGACGGACGCGUAA